CCUCUUUUUGGCAAUACAGCGUUAAUCUUCCGAAGGCGAUAAGUUUUGGACAAAUCCUCCGAAACAACUUUUACCGGUUUGUCAAUCAAUAAAGAGAAAGACGACGACGUACGGAGUUUUCAGUAUGGUUCCCGAAACGACGUCGUCGCGGCGGCUGACGAAAGUGCUGGUGAAGGUGACGGUGGAGAGGAGUUUUGGGGCGGUGCAAGUGGUGGUGCCGACGGAGGAGACAGUCAAGGACUUGAUAAAGGAGGUGCUGAAGAUUUACGCGGCCGAGAAGCGGAGGCCGUUGCUACCGGAGACUAAUCCGCACCGUUUCGAGCUUCACUACUCGUGUUUCAGCUUUGAAAGUUUGAAUGAAGAUGAGAAGGUGAUAAACUUGGGAUCAAGGGACUUCUUUUUGUGCUUAAAGCGUGUCGAUGACAACAUGAUCGUCAACACCGUUAAUGUCAAUACUUCAUGCUCGGAGGAAGUAACGAAGGAAGCAACAAACUCAUCGUCGUUUCCGUGGAUAAAGUUUAUGGAUUUACUGUUGUAG